AUGUCGGUUUCGCUGCACCACUUCAUUAUUUCUUCUGGUUUUUUGGCGAGUAUGUUUCCGAAGGCAGUGAGACGCGCCGUCACGGCAGGGGUGUUUGCCGCGCCCACACUGAUGUCGUUCUUGCGAUGUGGCGCUAUGGCAUCGGAUCCCCCUCUUGUUGCCAAUCAAGUUGUCACCUGCCCAGAUAAAAAAUCGACAGCCGCGGUCAUUCUCACACCGACGGAGAACCACUUCACUCUCAAGUGCCCUAAAACAGCGCUCACAGAGCCUCCCACUCUUGCGUACUCACCCAACAGGCAAAUCUGCCCAGCGGGUACUACAAGUAGCUGUACAUCAAAGGCUGUAACAUUGAGCUCCUUGAUUCCUGAAGCAGAAGAUAGCUGGUGGACGGGGGAUUCUGCUAGUCUCGACACGGCAGGCAUCAAACUCACAGUUCCAAUCGAGAAGUUCCCCGUGACAACGCAGACGUUUGUGGUCGGUUGCAUCAAGGGAGACGACGCACAGAGUUGUAUGGUCACAGUGACAGUACAAGCCAGAGCCUCAUCGGUCGUCAAUAAUGUCGCAAGGUGCUCCUACGGUGCAAACAGCACUCUUGGUCCUGUCAAGUUGUCUGCGGAAGGACCCACUACAAUGACCCUCGUGUGCGGGAAAGAUGGAGUCAAAGUUCCUCAAGACAACAAUCAGUACUGUUCCGGGACGACGCUGACUGGUUGCAACGAGAAAUCGUUCAAAGAUAUUUUGCCAAAAUUAAGUGAGAACCCGUGGCAGGGUAACGCUUCGAGUGAUAAUGGUGCCACGCUAACGAUCAACAAGGAAGCAUUUCCAGCCGAGUCAAAAAGCGUCAUUAUUGGAUGCACAGGGGGAUCGCCUGAGAAGCAUCACUGUACCGUGCAACUGGAGUUUGCCGGGGCUGCAGGGUCAGCAAAAUCGUCUGCGGGAACAGCCAGUCACGUUUCCAUUUUCGCCAUGGUGACCGGACUUAUUGGCUCUAUCGCAGCUUGUGUCGCGUGA